AUGUCAUACACAGUCCUACCGUUUGGUGCAACUAGCGCUUCCCAAAAGCGCGAGAACUACCCACUUCUCUUGUCAGACAUUGUCCGCGAUUGUACAGAUGCCAUCGAUUCACUCACGCUAUUUGAAGAACUUGUGUCUUCUCAAAAUCACGAAAACAAUGCGGCGGGAUUUAAAGCUUUUGACGGUCAUGUGGGAGAGACUGCAUGCCAUAUACGUGCUGGAAUACUACUGGAGAUUUAUUCCUUUUACCAAAAGGGACCUCAUACUGAAGUUGAGCAUCCAAGAAAAGAUUCACAAAUUUCUUCCUAUAUUGAACGACUGGAGGUCACACGAAAGAAUGCCCAAACCAUCUGCUCAAAACUCACUUCAGAAAACACAUGUCCGAGCAGGCUCGGUUUCGGCUCAAAGUUCGACGCAAUGGACAAGAUUAUUACAUCACUGGGUUGGAUAGAGCCCGGAGACCACCCAGCCUCCAACGAUUCCGAGGUUCCAGAGUGGGAUGUGGAAAAUCACCACAUUGUCAUUCGAUAUUUGAUUGGCAUGUUCAUAUUGGGGAAGUACAGACAGUGCUGCAAAUCACCUACCCAAAGCAUCGUGAUCCGUCUUCAGCCGAAAGAUGCCGCUGCCUAUGCCUCCCGGUUGAUUUCGGCAUUCUGGGAUCAAAAGAAUAGCCUAUACAAGACAACAGGAUCUAAUCGGUUGGAUGUCCGAUUCAAAAACCUUCAAAAAUGGAUAUCAGCUAUCUCAUGCUCUUGGGUCCGGAUCUGGGCAGCCAGGCUUUCCUUCUCUGAAGUUGCACAGAGGCUAGUCGACAAUUCGAUAAAGAAGUCCCCAAAAGGCCACCUUGUAAUCGCCGCAUACGUUGGAUUUCUUGUCUGCCGCCGUGCUUGGGCAGCAAACAAUUGGCCUGUGCUGUUAGUCGAUCGGCACUUCUGUUCUGAAGGCUAUCACCUGAACGCAUACAUAGCAACGCUCCAGGGGUCAAGAACACAACAAGAUCUGGGACACCACAUUAUCCCGGAACUUCACUGGGAGUUAACACCUGUGACGUUUGAUGAGCUUCAGGAUGCUACGCUGAGGAAUGUUCCGAUGAUUUGCAUCUUGGGUAACAGUAUUCAUGGUCCACACGAAGAAUAUAUCGCCAGAAUUUCCGAUGGACCGCCAGAGGGCAGUUCCAAGCCCCCUGAACCACCGCCUACACACGGUUCUUGUGCAGAAAACACAGAGCACCAGAAAAUCUUCAUUGGAAUGGAUCAUGAUCGCCUGUCUCAAGCAAUCCUUGCUGACCAUCGAGCCUAUCCUUUUCCAUUGUCAUCGCCCACAUCGGGAGAUGAUGACGGACUAUAUUUGUUGGAUAUCAUACGCUCCACUUUACCUAACGACCUCAUUGAUAAGUAUUUUCUCAGGUCAAGGUCGGAAGUUAAUAAUAUCGGAGGAGGAACAAAGGACAUGGGUACCUUCCGCUGGGAGCAUAUAUUUGCUGAACAUCCAGGGCGACUUGCAGAUAUGUUGCAGAGCGGCAUGGCUACCGGACUCUUUGCUUGA